AUGCCAGAAUCAGAAAGCGAAGAAAAUGAAUACGGCGAUUUAUGGAUUGUUAAAUUUGAAAAACUGAAGGAACACACAUUUUUGGAGCGAAUCCCAGACCACUUUCUUGAAGACAGAUUCAACUUGGUUAAUCUGAAGGAACAGGUGGAUGAUUUCCCUGAGCUACACAGGGCAAUAUUAGACCAAGGACCUUCCAUGGACUUCGAAUCCGAAUGCAAAUUGUAUUUAAUAAUCCAUAGACGAUACAUCUUGUUCAAUAAGAAUGGAUUGAACGAGGUGUUUUCAAAGGUAAAGAACAAAUUCUAUGGCGUAUGCUCAAAAUAUGGCUGUAAAGAAGGUGCUAUGAUACCGGUGGGGCUUUCCAAUGAUUUUGGUAGAGCAAAGACCAAAUUGUAUUGCAACUCAUGCAAGGACAUUUACGAACCAAGGGGAUACCUGAAAAAGUUGGAUGGAUCAGCAUGGGGAACAACACUGUGCCCAUAUUUGUUAGUGGCAGAUCCCAAGUUCUUUGACCAGGUAAACACCAAAACAUUCAAACCAAGGCUGUUUGGGUUUGAUGUGGAGCCACUCGAUGUUUCGUCAGACUCAUCAAAUUAA